GAACUGUGGGGUGUUACUAAUUUCUUUGACUGCACUAUAAAUAAUACCUUUCACCAUUUGCGAGAAGCUGAAAAGGUGGCUAAAACUGUAAUCCUAACAGCAUCCACAAAGAGCUCUUUGCCAUGCCAGACUACCUUUGGUUUGAAGGGAUACCUUUCCCUGCUGUAGAGUAUGAAAAAGAAGUAAUUGAAAAAUCUCGUGAUAAGUUUGUGAUCAGAGAUGAAGACACAGUCAUACUGACUUACCCUAAAUCAGGAACUAACUGGCUGAUUGAGAUUGUCUGCUUGAUUCAGACCAAGGGGGAUCCCAAUUGGAUCCAAUCUGUGCCUAUCUGGGACCGCUCACCCUGGUUGGAGAGUCAAGGGGCAUAUCCACUAUUAAUCAAUAAGGAAGGACCACGCCUCAUCAGCUCCCACCUUCCCUUCCAUCUUUUCCCCAAGUCUUUCUUCAGUUCCAAGGCCAAGGUGAUCUAUUUAAUCAGAAAUCCCAGAGAUGUUCUUGUGUCUGGUUAUUUUUUCUGGAGAAAGACAAAAUUAGCUAAGAAUUCAGAGUCACUGAGAACUUAUUUUGAAUGGUUCCUCAAAGGAAAUGGCACGACUGGGGACUGGAAGAAUCACUUUACAGUAGCCCAAGCUGAAGCCUUUGAUAAAGUAUUCCAGGAGAAAAUGGCCGGUUUCCCUCCAGGGAUGUUUCCAUGGGAAUAAAUUCUUAAAACUUAAAAAAAAA